AUGUCAGAUAACAAAUUACAGCGGAAAACAUAUGACAAUAACGAUCAUGCAAAACGUCCUCGAGGAUUUGGACUUGCAUCUCCGAAUACCAACAUAGUGAUUGGAAACAUUCACUUACAGAAAAAUGUUGGUGGUUCAAUGGAAGAGUCGUUGCCGGCAUCGAAAUUAACGAAGCGGUUACUUGACUUCUACUUGAAGCGCGGUAGGUGGAAGUCGAAGAGGAGGCGGCCUCUGAAAAUAGACCAAUUCAUGGAUAAUGGUUUGAAACAUAUACGAUGUGGUGUUUACGCCGGUAGCCAAGAUGAUAGACCCAUCCGUUGUUCUAUGAGAGGAAUAAAACACUUGUACUAUGUCUCUCCGAACGUGCCCUGUAUGUGUACAUGGUGUACAUUGAAGCCCAGUCCCCUACGUUCGGACAUUACAGUGUUCUGUCGCGAGUCGAUGUGCAUAGAACCGAAUACUAGAUGGGUGAAUACUUUACGUCCGUUCCUUGUCGGCGACCAGAUUUAUGAGAGACAACAUAGUUCCAUUACUAGAAUGUUAUGA